AAUGUCAUUUCAUUUUUCGUUGUGCGCAAUAAAGUUAGCAGCUAGCAGAUCAAAGAAAACGAUUAUAUGCGAAAGCAGGAAGACCAGCUUGGAUAAAAAAAAGCUAGUGAAGUCUGUUAAUACAUUUUUGCCAAUAUAUUAACAUUGAAAAAGAAAAGUUAAAUCAAAUACGCACUGCAAAACUCGACAGCUAGACGAACAGCAGAUUCAAUAUGUUCGGGCAUAAGCUUAUAGUAUGCACGACUUUGCUCCUGUUGAGCAGCUCUGUUUACUCGCAGUCGCUGGGGGUGAGCUUGAAAAAUGCCGACUUUCCCGAUCAGGAAAAGCCGUUAACAUCGAGCAGCAGCAGCUCGACUUCGACAACCUCAACCACGGCUAAACCGCCCAUAACCAGCAGCUCGAGCACCACUUCAACAACGUCGACAACAACAACAACAACUAGCACUGCGGCCCCAACAACCAGCACUGUGGCACCAAGUACCUCGACACCUGCGCCCGUGCCAACCACUACACGCAAGCCACAACCGUAUCCAGAACCAACUGCCGGCUCAUGGAACUGCUCCUGCAUUAUGCUCACCAUGGCAGCUCAGCUCAACUUUACCUACGAGACAAAGAGCGGCAACAUGUCCAACGCCCUGUUCAACGUGCCCAGCACUGCUAAAUUGGAUCAUUGCUUGUGCGAUAGCCAGGUCACGCAGUUCAUGCAGCUGAAUUGGGGUUCAGUUGACUCGCAGGAAUCGUUGGUGCUGCAACUGGAGAACAAGAAUAAGUCCGUUUCACUUACUUCCAUCAAAGUGGUCUUGCCGCUAUCCGCUGCAGAUUUCCCCGAUGCUAAGGAGAAUCAGACCAUUCAGUUGAUACACAACAGCCAGAACACGGACUUCAAGACGCCCGAGAAGAUGUCGUACCAUUGCACACGCGUCCAGAAGUUCAACAUGUCGGAGACCAUCAGCGGCAACGAGACCAUUGGCACGAUCAGUGUUGGCCAUGUGCAGGUGGAGGCAUUCCGCAGUGCAAAUGCCACUGGCUUCUCCACGGUGCACGAUUGCGACAGUUCGGAGACCUCCGAUGUGGUGCCCAUUGCUGUGGGCAUUGCCCUCGCGGCUCUGAUUCUUGUGGUCCUCAUCUCGUAUCUGUGUGCGCGUCGUCGUUCCACCUCUCGCGGCUACAUGAGCUUCUAAGCUGGUGUAAAUAAGAUAGCGAUAGAUAAAGAGAGUUUAGCAGAGAGAGAGAGAGAGAAAUGUGAGGAGUGCCCAGGCAGUUGGCAGCAGUUGUUGUUGUGUAUGUGUGUGUGUGUGAGAGAGAUUGAGCGAGCGAGGGGUAGUUAGUGCGUUGUAAUCAAGAGAGAGUUGUAAGAUUGAUUUUCUAAUUGGCAGAACAGACAGAGAGGGAGAGCACUAAGCGAGGGGAAAUAGAAAAGGAUGCAAGAAAUUAGAAAUUUGUAAAUUUGUCAAACGGUUCUUCUAAUUUUUUGAUUUUGUUUUAUUUUAUUAAUUUUUUUUGUCUAAAUUACAAAGGGGAGAUAUUAAAAUCUAAAACCAACAAUUCUGUGUGUAUGUGUGUGAGCGUGGCAUUCUUAAACUUAUCCGUAAUCGUAUCAAACUAUCAAAUUGAAUCUUUUAAUUACAUUUUCUACGAUACAAGCAACAAUUAUACUUCAAUUUCAAUUAAACGUCGAAAGGUGGGAAACGCGCGUGCGAACGUAGGGAGGGAGUAGGAAAGAAAUACGAUACUGUGGCAAGUAACGGUUAUUACGUAAAUGACAACAACAAACAGCGAAAAGAAAACCACACAACAUUUUAAAAAAAUACAAUUAUAUUGAUUUUAAAUUAUAACCGUUAAUAAACAGCAACAAAUUAUGUAUUAUUUGCCGCUUUGAAGCGUAAUAAACGAUAAACCAAAAAAAA